UUUUUUCAAUGGUGUAUGUGUCGUGAAAUAUUUGAUCACUGACUGACAGCUUUCAGCAACAACAGGGCAGGCAUGUCCUUCUAUCGCGAAAAUUAUGGCUGAGUAAUGAUGAAUUUGAAAAACUUUUUCCAGGAUUUUAACCCCAGGACAUGACCCAGUUUGAGAGCGAAGCAAAACACAUUGGUAUUGAGUAUUUAUUAACUUCUUGUUACACGACUUUUGAUCUGCUUAUUCAUUGAACGCAGUAAGUUUCUGGUCUUCACAUGCCUCCUGUUGUUUUCCCUGCUGUUUGCUCUAAGGUUAGAUGAAACAAUUCAAUGGAGCUACUGGGUCAUUUUCCUUCCCAUCUGGAUCUGGAAAAUGUUUGUCAUUGUCGGAGCUUCUCUGGGGAGUUAUGUUUGGUGGAAACACCCCCAAUACAGGAUGGAGAACAACAGCCAUGUGCAGUUUAAGGCGAUGGUGAUCUGUACAGGAAUGCACCUGUUGCUGCUGAUGUUUGAGAUUCUGGCUUGUAACAAUCUGGAGACGGAGAUGCAUUCCUGGAUCCUGGUCUUCAUCCCCCUCAUGUUCAUGUCUCUCCUAUCCAUAGGGAUCUGUAUCUGGGCUGUCAAGAACGAGAGGUCCUUUGAGAUGGAGUUUUUUUGCUCAGUGAACAUACUGCAGUUCAUAUUCCUAGCCCUACGACUUGACAAGUACAUAGACUGGAGUUGGGUGAUUGUUUUUAUUCCGGUGUGGAUUGUAAUGUGCACUGCUUUGAUUGGAGUUUUAUACGCCAUUAUUUUGGCAAUCAUCCUAGUCAAAUCGCCAGACAUUGUCCCCCAGCAUCGUCGUGGCAAUGUGUCCUCUGCUGUGGGCUACUCAUUCCUCGUUGUUCCGUUACUUAUAUUUGAGGUGCUGUUAGCCAAUCGCCUGGAUGGAGAUAACCAUUUUAAAUACACUGCCAUUACUGUUCCUCUGUUUGUGUCCCUCAUUACAAUGAUCUGUCUUUCUUUUGGUGCCAAGGGAGGCAACCAGUGGUGGUUUGGAAUGAGGAAGGACUUUUGUCUGUUUGUUUUAGGAGUGUGUCCAUUCCUCCAAGAAUAUGGCAAUAUCUCCUACUCCCUCCACAAAAAUCGUCAGAAUCAGGAGCCCGCUACAAACACAGACUACAUAAAAAAAUAUAAACCUCCAGAUCAUUCUAAAGUUGUUGUCCCGGUUAUAUCUAUAGAAACGCCAGACUGACCUUCAAAACUCUGCAGAUCACAUCGAUAUAGAGAGGUGGACUGACCUCCAAAACUCUGCAGAUCACAUCUAUAUAGAGAGAGGGCGAAUUCUGCUGAUCACAUCUAUGUAGAGAGGUGGACUGACAUCCAGAUCCAAACUUUUGGAGCUAAUUUUUUUCAGGUACUGGACUGACUUUCCAGAUCCUGUAAUCCAUAGAUACAUGGGACAUAACUGAAUUCUGGGUACAUACGGGUACUACAUAAAAUGUAAGAAUGAAUGUUGUUAAGUAUGUAUUUGCAUUCUUGUUCUUUUAAUUGUCAUUGAGGAUUUUGUAGGGUAAACCAAUUAACCUUGUAGACUGAAAGAAUGUUUUCAGAGUUAUUUAGCUCACCUGAGCCAAAGGGCUCAAGUGAGCUUUUCUGAUCAAAAUUUGUUCGUUGUCUGUCGUCGGCGUUGUAAACUUUUCACAUUUUUAUCUUCUUCUCCAGAACCACUGGAUGAAUUUCAACCAAACUUGGCACAAAGCAUCCUUAGGUGAAGGAUUUUCAAAUUUAUUCAAAUGAAGGACCAUGCCCCUUCAAAAGGGAGAUAAUCACAAAAAAGCAAAAUGAGGGUAGAGUAAUUUAAAAAUCUUCUUAAGAACCACUGGGCCAGAGGAGCUGACAUUUACAAGAAAGCUUCCUGACAUGGUGCAGAUUCAAGUUUGUUCAAAUCAUGGCUCCCGGGGUUAGGUUGGGGACACAAUAGGGGAUCAAAGUUUUACAUAGAAAUUUAGGGGAAAUCUUUAAAAAUCUUCUUCUCAAGAACCAAUGAGCCAGAAGAGCUGACAUUUACAUGAAAGCUUCCUGAUAAGUGCAGAUUGAAGUUUGUUCAAAUCAUGGCCCCCAGGGGUAGGUUGGGGCCACAAUAGGGGAUCAAAGUUUCAGGGAUCGAAAUUAACUUUUUUCACUACUAGCAAAUUUUAGCUGGUGGAUUAUUUUUUCAACUAGCAAAAUUGAGCUUUUACUGGCAUUUUUCAAUUGAUUGCUGUUUUACAGGAAUUUAAGAAAACAAGCAUGUAUCUGUAUCAAAAUAUAGGGUUGUGCGGCGAACUCGUUGUCCAGAGAUCUACCACCUAUUUACAACAUCAUGUGGUUUGAAAUCUUGAAGACUGUUCGCACCAAUUCAAACUAUAUGUUCAAAACUUUUGGAAAUUUCAUCUAAAAAAUUCUAGUUGAAAAAAAAACCCCGCAAACUCUAAAGUGUUUGACUGUAGACUACAGAAGGAUGCCGCGUGAAGCGGUGCCACUAACACUUUCAUGUGUUGUUUUAUGUUAACACGGACGAGAUCAACAUGCUUGCUAUUUAAAUCAGACGUCUCUGAGACGCCCGAAGUGUGCAUGAAGUAGGCCAUCUUCGACAUCACUGACUGAGAUGACCUUGGCCUUAGUUAUUUAUUCGAUCCACGUUUACUUUUUCAAUACUUGUAUAUUCAUUCCGUAAAGAGUUUCUAUGCACAAGACAAAAUUAUUGUAAACUUCAAAGUACAGCCAAUAAACCAAGGAAAUCCGGAAAAAAGAUUCUUUUUUCACUUGCAGAAAGUUGCAAUCACUUGUGAUUUUUCACUCACAAUUUCAAUUUUUAACUCGCAUUUAGCGAGUAUUUCCCCUUAAUUUCGUUGCCUGAAGUUUUACAUGGGAAUAAAUGGAGAAAAUCAUUAAAAAUCUUCUUCUCAAGAACUAAUGGGCCAGAUGAGCUGAGAUUUACAUGCAAGCUUUCUGAGAUAGAACAGAUUCAUGUUUGUUCAAAUCAUGGCCAUCGGGGGUAGGUUGGGGCCACAAUAGGGGAUCAAAGUUUUACAUACAAAUAUAUAGGGAAAAUCUUUAAAAAUCUUCUUCUCAAGAACCAUUGGGCCAAAGAAGUUUACAUUUACAUGAAAGCUUUCUGACAUAGUGCAGAUUCAAGUUUGUAAAAACAUGGCCUCCAGGGGUAGGUUGGGGUCACAAUAGGGACUAAUGUUUUACAUGCAAAUAUAUAUGGAAAGUCUUCAGAUAUGGGCCAAGGUAACUCAGGUGAGCGAUGUGGCCCAUGGACUCUUGUUUUUAUACGCCCGACUUCGACGGGACGUAUUAUGGUAUGGCGUUGGGCAGGAUACAAACCCAACCGCACGCUACAGGAUAUUACAACUUGGUGUAUUUGAUCAUCAUGAUGAGAGGAAGAUGGCAUAAUGCCUAUUGUUUUUCAAGGUCAAAGUCAUAGUAUUUCUUAUUAGGAAAACCUUGUAGGAAGGAUACAAACCCAACUGUAAGCUCCAGAAUAUUGCAACUUGGUACAUUUGAUCACCAUGAUGAGAGAAAGAUGCCUAUUGUUUUUCAAGGUUUAGAAGUCAAAGGUCAAGGUCGUAGUAUUACUUGGUAGAAAAACCUUGUAGGCCGGAUACAAAAGGACCAGCAAGCUCCAGGAUAUUGCAACUUGGUACAUUUGAUCACCAUGAUAAGAGGAAAAUGCUUAUUGUUUUUCAAGGUUAUAAGUCAAAGGUCAAGGUCGCAGUAUCACUUAGUUGGAAAACCUUGUAGGCAGGAUACAAACUGAACUGUAAGCUCCAGGAUAUUGAAACUUGUUACAUUUGAUUACCACGAUGAGAGGAAGAUGCCUAUUAUUUUUCAACGUCAAAGUAUCACUUAGAAAACCUUGUAGGCAGUAUACAAACCGAACUGUUGGGGCUAGCACUAUUAAACUUCGUACACAUACACUUUAUGCCAAGUGGAGGAUGCCUAUUGUUUCUUAAGGUCAAAGGUCAAGGUUGUAGUAGCAGGAUGCAGACUAAUUCGUUGGGGCAAGGACCAUUAAACUUGGGACACAUACAUCUUAUGCCAAGUGAAAAUAUUACAUAGAGAGUAAAUAAUUUGUCUUGUUUUCUUUUAUGCAAAUAAAGUACCCCGAUGAUUGCUGAUACUACUUGAAAGCCAGUUCUACAAAUCAUGGUGUAAGAAAAAUGCCCUAUAUUAGCUUUUCACGGGCGUAUUAUGUACCGUUGGCGGUACUCUUGUUUAAUAUUUCCAUAAAGAUGAAAAUUAGGAGAAGCAUGCCGCCAAAGCCUUUUGUCAUUUUUAACCAAUGUACCUCAUAUUCAGUAUUUAAGUGGACAAUAGUCAGUAGAAUUCACUAAGAUUUUGAGGUCAUAUAGAUUAAAUCAAAGAUAAGAAAAGAAGUUCAAGAUAAUAUGGCAUGUCAAACAUCGCUAUAUUUAAUCUUUUCCAUUUGUAUUGUAUAAUUUUUUAAUUAUAUUGUAUAUUUUCCAUUUUGUAUUGUUACAUAUAUUUUCCAUUUGUAUUGUAUAAUUUUCCAUUUUUAUUCUAUAUUUUCCAUUUGUGUUGUAUAUUUUUAGGUGACCUAUUGCAAUUGGUUGUCGUCCGUUAACAAUUGAAUAUCUUUAACUUUUUCCUAAUAACUACCAUUCCAAUUCUUUUCAAAUUUGGUAUGAAGCAUCAUUGGGGCAAGGGAGACAUAAAUUGUAAAUUUCAGGACUCCAGCACCCCUGGGGCCCUAGGGGCAGGACAAAAACUGCCCAAUUUUAAAAAAAAUCUUCUUCUCAAGAACCACACACGUGUAAGAAAAACUAAAUGCAGAGUGAUCUAGAGCAUGAAAGCCUCUACCAAAAUUGUAAAUUUCAUGAUCCCUGGGGUAGAGGUUCUGACCCCAGGGUGGGGCCAAACUUGGUAUAUAGUGUUUAUGUGUAAAACACUUAAAUGACAUCUUCUUUAGUGCUAUUAAUACUAAAUUGAAACUAAAUAGAUAUUUAGAAAGAACAGGUAGUCCUUUACCUAAAUUGUAAAUUUGAUGAUCCCAGGGUUUUAGUAUCGGGUGGGGCCAAAAUAGUGUUAUUAAAUAUGUGAACAAUAGACAUUUUUAACUUCUUGAUAACUAUCAUUCCAAUUCUUUUCAAAUUUGGUAUGAAAUAUAUUUGGAACAAGGGAAACAUAAAUUGUAAAUUUCAGGAUUCCAACACCCCUGGGGCCUUAAAGGCAGGGCAAAAACUGCCCAAAAUAGACCAAUUUUCAAAAAUAUUCUUCUCAAGAACUGCACACAUGUAAGAAAAACUAAAUGCAUAGUGAUGUAAAGCAGGAAAGCCUCUACAAAACUUGUAAAUUUCAUGAUCGCCGGGGUAGGAGUUCUGACCCCAGGGCAGGGCCAAACUUUGUAUAUAGUGUUUAUGUGUAAAACACUUAAAUAACAUCUUCUUUAGUGCUAUUAAUACUAAAUUGAAACUAAAUGGAUAGAGCAGGUAGUCUUUUACCAAAAUUGUAAAAUUUUAUGAUCCCCAG